AGACGAUCGUUAUACCCCAUGACCUUCUUUCUGCCCAUGAGUUUAGCUAGCCAACGUUGCCAUGGCGUGAUCAGGGAUUUCUAUUGGAAAAGCAGUUUCUGCCCAUCUUCAUACUGUACUGUCUUUGCUACGGCUACUCCACGACGAUUGACAUAUACAUAUUGAUUAACGGACAACAAAUCAUUGUCGUUUAUGGGUGGGGUUAACAAUAUAGCUAAUGCAAUUCUAGCCCCCCCAUGUGGUGACGAAGUAUUAUUUCAAGCACCUGGUUAAAUAUUUGGUCGUGGUUUGGUGAAUGGCGUUAGAAAUUAUAACUUCUCGGAGACUGGCAUAUCUGCAUUAUCGCACGUGCAAAAGGUAAUGUAACUAGCUAUUGGUUACGUUGGUGGUUAAACUGGUUUGAACGGUUAAAAAGGUGCAUGAAGUUGCGGAGAUCAACCAGUGUAUUCUCCGUUCAAUUAUUGCUUCAAUCCGAGAUGAAACGUACCGUGGGCGUGGCUCCCUAUUAUCGUUUGGACUAGCUAACUAACAUCGGCAGCAGCUAAAUCAGGUGAGGCUGCACUCAUUCACCACAAAAUAUCUGAUGAGGAUGACUAAAACCCCAGUGACCACAGCUCGAGCCCGAGGAGCAAGGGGGAUAUGAACCACAGUUGCGCAAACGCUUCGGAGGAGCCAGUGUGGUCGGCGAACGGGAAGACAGACUCCACAAAACAUGCUGAUUUCCCCUCACAUUGCGAAACCGUACACGAAAAUGUUCCACAACUGGUGGUCACGUGUGACUCGAGCCGAAUUGAAUUGGAGGCCAUGAGGAUUAGCGGGCUCUCCGUUGGAUCUCAUCCCGACGAGGAGUCGAUUUGCUCGGACAGUGGGUUCGGGGGCUCCCCCGCGUCUCUUCUCCUCAGAAAACUGUCAAACGCCUCAUCGUCUGUGUUGUCACCAGCCUCGUCUUUUGAAGAAAAUGAGGACGACCGCGGCUGUCCUGAUGAGGUCCCUCGGUGUGUCACAUGGAAGAAACCCAGAAGCACAGGGACCUCGUCUCCCCUCUCAGUGCCCCCCAAGAAGCCACAGCCCUGGGUGCAAGUAGUUGGACAUGCAGGGAGUUUCCAUGCAGGGGACUAUGGGAUGCUGCUGAAGCGCUACACUGAGGGAGAGCAAAAGUGCCUGCAGAGGCUAAUGGAGGACUCUCUGAGACCCUUUGUGCCAGGCUACCAUGGAGUGGUGCAGCGUGCCGAGCAGGACUACAACAUGAUGGACGACCUGCUCACACACUUCAACUCCCCUGCCAUCAUGGAUUGCAAGAUGGGCACCCGGACAUACUUGGAAGAGGAGCUGGCGAAGGCUCGGGAGCGGCCCCAGCCUCGCCAGGACAUGUAUGAGAAGAUGGUGGACGUGGACCCAGAGGCCCCCACUACAGAGGAGCGAGCACUACAGGCAGUACUCAAGACCAGAUACAUGCAGUGGAGAGAGACCCUAAGCUCCACCACCACUCUGGGCUUCCGCAUCGAGGGACUCAAGAAGGCUGAUGGUGUGUGCAACACAGACUUUAAAAGGACCAAGAGCAGAGAAGAGGUGAUGCAGGCACUGCAGGACUUUGUGGGUUGCAACACCCUCAUUCUGGAUUAUAGAUCUCUUUUUCUUCUCUUUCAGAAGGGAUAUCUGAGACGAAUGAAGGAUCUUCGACUGGUGUUGGAGACAUCCAUCUUCUUCAGAACACACGAGGUGGUGGGCAGCUCCCUACUAUUUGUGCAUGACAGUACAGGGAAGACAGGAGUAUGGAUGAUUGAUUUUGGGAGGACUGUCUCCCUGCCGCCGCCUCUCACCCUGGACCACCGCACCCCCUGGAUAGAGGGCAACCGAGAGGAUGGGUACCUGUGGGGGCUGGAUAACCUCAUUGAUGUCCUGACCGAUAUGCUGCAUCUCACCUGAACCUCACUCUUGAAUGAUUGACACAGGACCUCAUCCCAACCAAAACACCCUUUCCCACAUGAACCAAAUCCGAAUGGCCAUUUCAACUUUUACCUGAGAGGGUUGACAAACGAGAGACUGUUCACAUAUUGGACUCGGCUUCUGUGUUGGGCUUUAGGGGGUACUGGACUACCGUCUGUGGCUAUAAUGAAGGCAAUGGGAGAGGAACAGAGGUGUAUGUGGUGGACAAAGGAAAAUAGUAGCACUAGUUCCUCAGAAGAACUAUACUACAGCAAUGCAAAAUGAAACACUGCCCUUUUAUCAUCUUCCACAUAAUCCCCCCCCCCCCAAACAAAUUCUGCCAUUUUGUUCUAUUACAAUUGUACUUAAUACUCAUUAGCUCUAAGUGUUUCUUACUCCAGGUUUGAGGGCUGUAGGACCUAAACAAUUAAUGUUGAUACUAUACUAUUAUACAUAAUGGAGUGGCCCUUAAUGGAGGACUCGUAAAACCUCUGCGAACUGAGUUAAUGAACACUGCCUUCAAAUUUGUUUAUUUUAUACAUAUAUAUGAUAUAUACAGUGCAUUCAGGAAGUAUGCAGGCCCCUUGACCUUUUUCCACAUUCUGUUACAUUCCAGCCUUAUUCUAAAAUGGAUUCAAUAUUUUUUCCCCUCAAAUCUACACACAAUACCCCCUAAUGACAAAGCAAAAGCAGGUUUUUAGAAUUAUUUGCAAAUGUAUAAAAAUUAAAACUUAUAUCA